GUGGUAAAAUAAAAGUCUCAAGUGCGUAAAAUUAAAGCACAUUCAUAAAUAAUUUUGCGGGCAGAGAAGACGUAUACUUAUUUUAAUAAUUAUUCUGUAAUUAGUUAAAUAAUAAGUGGUUUUCGUGGUUUACGAGUUGUACAUGGAAUUUGCAAAUAUUUAUACGCAGUGCAAAAAUAAGUACAAAUAAUGUAUAUAUGCAUUUAAACACGAAUUAAAAGAGAAACGAUCGUACAAAGAUAACAUAUAUAAAUGUUCGUUCCCGCAAAUACAUAUGUAUAUCUGUAAAUACUUGGUAUAGUGUGAGAGAUAACAUCGAAUGAAAUACUAACAAUUACUAAAGAUCUAAUAAAUAUUGUGUUAAUUUUGUGUUUUAACCCAAAAUAUUUAUAUCUCGGUGACAUAAGUGAAAUUGAAACAAGUAAAAAACAAAAAAAAAAAUUAAUUACUUAAAAAAUCAUUAUUAUAAACAAUAAAAAGUUCAAAUAGAAAUAAAUAAGCUAAUUUCGGUGAAACCAACUUUAUUACGGGAAAAACCAGAUACGCAUUGCAAAAUGUCGAAGCCAAACCCAACAGUGAAGUGUUCAGCUAGUGAUAACAAACAUACAAUUUUUACAGACGGAAGUGGUACUAGUGCUUCGUCCGUUUUAGCAGCGAACAUAGACAAUAAAAACAUUCAGGGAAAAACAGAAUUAUCAGAAAACUUUGAUAUUGAGGAUCCGUCACAAGGAGCAGAUUCAGGAUUUUUGUCCGGUCCUCAAAGCUCUUUCUGUGAUGAGCAAGAGGAUAUAACAUAUAGCUCCGGUGGAAACAAUGCAAAUAACUUUAACAAAACAAAACCAAAUAUUGUUGCAACAGAACGUCACACCAAGAACAUUCCGGGAAUUUCCCAACCCCACGAUAAAAAACAAGAAAGUAUUUUUGUUGUUGAUUCGGGUUGCAUAGAGGAAGAAGAAGAAUACGAAGAGUUCAACGAUUCUGAAGCCAAAUCCGACCGCCACUUAAUUCCCACACAACAAACACUGCAUAGUAAACCACGCUCUGCAACUGCUGCAACCCAGUCGAAUUUAAGUGAAGAAAUGAAACUCAAACACGAUGUCGAUAGCCAUAUAUCAGAAAGAUUCUGCAAUCUGAGUUUACAAAGUGGAACGGCAAAUAAUUUGAAUGCGUCCGGUAGAGUUCCAGCAGUGGCCCAACUGCCCGUUUGGGAACAAUUUUUUCAACAAAAUGAUGAUGGAGACACUUACCUCCAUUUGGCUAGCAUAUCGGGGCAAGAUAAUGUGGCAGCUGCUCUCAUCAGUCUCGCUGUACACCCAUGUAUUUUGAAUAUCAAAAAUGAUUAUGGCCAAACCCCGUUGCACCUGGCAGCGCUCUCUAGACAUCCAACCAUACUGCGCAUGUUAUUACUUGCUGGAGCCGAUCCAAAUAUACGAGACUGCCGGGGAAACACAGCUCUACACCUUGCCUGUAAAUCCGGGUAUGAGCAAAGUGUGAGUGCUUUAACAACACCAUUUAGUGAAAUAGAGAUCAAUGCUGCACACCAACAAUUUGGAUACACCCAGACUAAACUCAUAAAUAAUUUAGAAAUGAGAAACUAUGAAGGCGAAUAUUGUGUUCAUUUAGCUGCCGAAAUUGGUAAUCUUCAAAUGCUAAGAUCUUUGGUGCAAUCUGGUGCGGAUAUCAAUGCUGGGGAAGGAAAAGGUGGCUACACACCGCUACAUAUUGCCGUUGAAAAGGGUAAUGAGGAGCUAUUGAACUUCCUAUUGAAUAAUUGCAAGCCGAAGCUGAACGUGGAAGCAACCACUUUCGGACGACUAACUGCCUAUCAAUUGGCAUCCAUUUCGGAGAGGUCACAAAUGCAACGUAUCUUAGAAAAGCAUGGCGCAGAACAACUACCUUCGCCAGAUAAUGACUACGAAAGCAGUGACGACGAAUCAGAAAUCGUAAAAAGAUUUUCGUUGAAUUGCAUAUUAUCAAUUAUAUUAAUACAAAUCUACAAAAUGUCAAAUAAAAAUACUGCGGAAAUUAAAAGUGUAGAAAAUGGAAGUAAAAACACCGAUCAAGAAAGUUUUCAAAAGCAACAGUUUUUGGAAAAUGUAGAUAAUGAUUUGACCCACGGAGCAGAUUCGGGAUUUCUCUCGGGCCCUCAAAAUUCAUUUUUCGAAGAACAUGAAGAUCCAAAACAUAGUUCUGCGGAUAAUAUUAAAAAUGUGCAAAAUCCCAGUACCGAUAAACACAGAACAGGGAAAACAGAUGAAAUUUCCGAUCAUUGCGAAAAGGCUGCAGGAGAAUUCUGCAUUGUUGAUUCGGGCUGCAUAGAGGAAGAAGAAUGUGAGCCCAACGAUUUACAUGCCGACACUGAGCAUCAAGCCAUUGCAUCGCACAGCACACGAUCGCUGCCACCAAUAAUAGACUCUGCAAAUCCAACCAGUGCAUCUAAAGUUACAAGUUCGCAAGAUAAUAAAAUGAAGGCAAAGCAAGAUGUUGAUGCCAGUAUUUCUGAACGCUUUUGUAACCUUAGUUUACAACAGGGUACAAUAAAUGAUUUGGGUGCUUCCAGCAAAGAUUCUACAGUGGAACCUGAACCAUCAACAACAGCUAAAACAUCGGCUGAACCCAACCAAUUGCCGGCGUGGGAACAAUGCUACCGACAAAACGACGAAGGAGAUACCUAUCUUCAUUUGGCAUGUAUAUCGGGAUACGACAAUGUGGUAGCCGCCCUUAUCCGCCUCGCUAUACAUCCUGAUCUAUUGAGUAUAAAAAACGAUUGCGGACAAACACCUUUACAUCUAGCUGCUCUUACAAAACAAAGAAAAAUCCUGCGCAUGCUAUUACUUGCUGGCGCCGAGCCAACCACACGCGACCGCCACGGGAACACAGCUCUACACAUUGCUUGUAUGUCUGGUGAUGAACAAUGUGUGAAUGCCUUAACAAUGCCAUUUAGUGGUUCGGAGAUCAAUGAAGCUCAUCGUCAGUUUGGCUACAGAUCCAAUGAUGAGCAGUAUUCUUCCCUUAGGUAUGCAUCAUUACCUUCUGACUUGGAAAUUCGUAAUUACAAUGGCGAAUAUUGUGUUCACUUGGCUGCCGAAGCGGGCCAUUUACAAAUACUUAGAACUUUAGUGCAAUCUGGAGCGGAUAUCAAUGCCAGGGAAGGAAAAGGUGGCUACACACCGCUACACAUUUCCAUUGAGAAGGGCAAUGAGGAGUUAUUCAACUUCCUUCUGGAUGAUUGUAAAUCGAAAUUGAAUUUGGAAACAACAACGUUCGGACGGAUGACUGCAUAUCAGUUAACGUGCGUUCUGCAGAGGUCACAAAUGCAAAGCAGUUUAGAGAAAUAUGGUGCAGAGCCGUUAUCUCCGCCGGACAGCGAAUACGAAAGCAGCGACGAUGAAUCGGAUUUCGAAGAAUCUAAGAACUAUGAAAGAUUCGUCGAUCCGGGAUACUUCGGCAAUUACAAAGGAGGCAAUGCAAUGGCAGUCAUGUAAAAACAGUGUACCGCCGACGUGUUUGGCGUGUGCUGUUCGUUUAAGAGAGUACCUAAUUACACUCAAUGUACUUAAGUUUAUUAACAAUUUAAGGAUACGAAUACAUAGAUGCCGAAAAAACGAAAUUAGAAAACUAUAAGCAUAUCUUUACCGUUAAGUAGUUAAAGAAUCGGUUUAUAAAAUCUCGAUAUUCUUCUAAUUAAUGUAUAAAUUAAUUUAAUUUUCUUCAUGUACGUAUUUUACAAUAACUAUGACAUGACUGUGGAACUAAGUAUUUACUCUAUAGUAAAACGUAUGGAAAACAACCAAUAUCUUCGUAUAAAGUGCCCCAAAAUAAUAAAAUAAUAAUAUAUGUAUGUAUAUGUUGCCAACGCAACAAUCGACAAAAGAAAG